AUGGCAGCCGAUCCUUGGUAUUUUGAGUGGAUGCGAUUUAGAGGUUGGCUCAGAUUCAUAUUUUGGCCACCUUAUUGGUUUGGACGUGGAGGAGGAGAUCCUUUCGAUUUCACCUUCAACGAUGAUAUCGACGAAAGUGAGGAAAGCCCAACAGAAUGGGGUCGUCUGUUCAACCCCAUGACAUAUCUUUUGGUCUUGAAGCGUUGGUUUGACGGAAUUAUGGACCGUGUCUUUCGCUUCAUUGAUCGUCUAUCUGGUAUUCAAAUUGGCCAAGUACAAAGAUCGUUUGCCGAACGCAUAGCAUGGGCUGUGGCAUUAAUCGGUUUCGCUUUCUUCCUCCUUAUGGGCUCUGGAGCUCUGCAUCACAUCCCCGAGAUUCCGGAUAUCGACUAUCUAAAGCCGAGUGUCAGUUGGCCGAGCACUGAUGGUUUCAGCUUUGGAAACAUAAUACCCUCGGUACCAACAGUGUCAUGGCCUUCGUGGCCUUCAUGGAGCAGAGACAGCGACGACCUUCCUUUCUAUGACCCGUUUGCCAUGGACGACGUUGUCAUCCCAGAUGACCACAAGAGGGCAUUGGACGCGCUCAAGAAUCAAGCCGAGAUCCACAAAAAGGCCCUCAAGAGGCUGGAAACAAUUCUUCCUCGGAUCGUGCACAUGGAUCUCGUCAAAGGACGCCCGUCAAUCAAGCCCGAGUUCUGGCAUGCUCUUCAAGAUCAUCUCAGAGAGAGCGGAAGCUUCUUGAAUCUUGACAACAAGCGUGGUAACUACGAGAUCUCUUCUGAACAGCAGUGGAAAGCGAUCGUGGCACGCCUCGGAAAAGAUCCCACCUUCAAGGGGAAGCUCGAUGGCAUUGUUGGCAACGCGAUCCAAGACAGACUACCAAACUUCUGGGAUACGUGGUUCAGAAACAACAAUGCCGUGCUCGAACCGCUCGUGGAAAAGGCAAUGGCUAAGAAACAGACUGCCGGCUCAGGAGCUGCCUUUGAUCAAAAACUUUCCAAGAUUGUCAGCGACCAGCUUCGCAAGCAGAACCAAACUGCUGUUUCUCGGGAUGACUUCCUGGCACAUCUCAGGGACGAUUUGACAAAGCAUGAAUCACAAGUUCAAGCCGAGUUUAGUAGACUCAAAUCGGACAUGGAUAAUCACAUCAAGGAGUCCAUUCGAACUGCCAAGAUGAUGGCUCCCCAGACGAUGUCUAAUACUGAGAUGAAGCAGCUCAUUCGAAAGAUCGUCCACCAAACUCUUACCGAUGUCAGCCUCACAGCUGUCGCCAAGAGCAAGAUUCAUGCCCACUGGCACUCCGAUCUCAAAUACCAGGUCAACUUUUUCGGUAUCGGGGCUGGGGCUACCAUGGAAACGCAUUAUACAGCGCCUGACUGGAACCCAUACACGGCCCGAACCACUGAAAAAGACGCCCUCGCGCUUGGCCUCACAGGGAUUCAUCCUCGUCCUCGUAUCGAGGUGCUUCUCCCCUGGCAAGAGGAGGGAGACCGCUGGUGCGGAUCACAUGCGGUAGAUUCUGACGGGAGACCUCAUGGUGUUGGAGUUUCUAUCCAUCUGGGCCAUUUGGUCAUCCCCGAAAACAUUGCUGUUGAACACAUUCACCCCAACGCAACACUGGACCCUGAUGCUCGACCACGACACAUUGAAGUCUUUGCCAAAUUUGAAUUCAAGGAAGAACAAGAGCUUGUGCGCGACUAUUCAUCGAACAAGUUCCCCGAGAACAUCAACGGCUGGAACUUUAACCCUUCUCCUUUACCAGAUUCGUUCGUCAAGAUUACACAAUUCGAGUAUCAAGGCGAUGAAUUGAAUGAAGGCGUACACGUUCAUCACAUCAACGAUGAAUUCGCCAAUUUGGGCAUUCCGACGGACCAUGUCAUCAUUCGUGCUAUGAGCAACUAUGGUGCGCCGGAUCACACGUGCUUUUACCGGGUGAGGUUGUUUGGAAGACCGGUGGAUGAAUUGUCGUGA